AUGCAAAAUCUUGUCUCUGUACAAGAAGAGCCUGGCGCAGGGCUCGGUCUUGGCGUUACAGCUGAUAUUGAACGAGGCGAAUGUCUUUUAGAAAAGCGACUUGAUCUCUAUGUGUUAAACAAUGAGCUUCUGAAUGAGGCAUGUUCGUACUGCUGUUCGCAAACGAAACCAACAAAACGAUGUGCAGCUUGUAAACAGGUUCACUAUUGUUCAAAGAUAUGUCAAAAACAAGACUGGUCAAUGCACAAAUUAGAGUGCAAGGCAUUAAGAAACGCAUCUACAAAUGGCUUGCUACCAACCGUCUGCCGGUUACUGAUUCGACUCUACAGCCAAACUCAAAAAGAUCAAUCUCUGUUUGCAGAUUGCAAGGAUCAUGAAGCAGAAAUUCAACACAACACAGCACUUUGGUCGGACGCUGAAUUGAUUUCCUCUGCUGCUUCACAUUACACCGAAGCAAGGGAUGUAAAUGCAUUUCUUUCCCUGUUCUGCAAGCUCUCUAUUAAUGCCAUGAGUUUGGUAACUCCAGCCUUUGAUGCCAUUGGUACGUGCAUGGAUUCUACGCUUGCUCGAAUCAAUCACUCAUGUCAACCGAACUGCGUUUUCAUGGUCGAAGGCGCGACAGCUCGAUUGGUUGCUUUGCAAACACUUCAGAAGGGCGAUUUUGUGCAUAUUUCAUACGUGGAUACAACGCUGCCAUAUAAUGUCCGAACCAAUGAGCUGCAGCAAAAGUAUUUUUUCACUUGCACUUGCCAAAAGUGCAUGGAGGAAGCCCGGCGAAGUGACAAUGAACAUGGAGUCACUUAUGUUUCCUUGGAAAAGGCAUCUCAAGGUUCGCUCGAGGAUUGUCGCUUUGCUCUCAAGACCUUACGCGAUAAUCACUGGCCUAUGACCAAGUAUCCCUGGCUGAAUAUUCUGAACACGUUUAAGCUAUAUUCUCUUGAGACUGGUGCUUACGACGCUGCCUUUGCGGCUGAAUUUCUCAAGGUUACAUGUGAUGAUAUAAGCUCCCCUAUUUAUGCUAUUGAUUUGUACCAAGUCUUUUUGCUUGGUAAAUUCCUCUGUGAAGAAUACUCCAUGAAUGUUAAUCGUGAGCCACAUUCGAAAAUGAUUUUGGGUGUUAAAAAUAUAGAAAGGGACUCACUAUUACACUGGUUACUACUAAAGUCAGAAUGGCUAGAAUCCAACGUUCUGGUAACACAUAAGGAUACCGAAUUCGGAAACCAAGUUGUUCGCAACGUAAGGGAAUUCCAAGCUGAUUAUCAGAAAGCAAAUCCAAAUCUUCCGCCGUUAGAUUUGGAGUCUUUUGAAUCCGCACUUAAAGAACGUACCUUGGACAUUGUCUGUAAUUGA